UCGCGUCUCCUGCACUGUGAAUUUCUAAGUGCAUGUCCGAGCCGCCGCUAGAGGGCAGACGCUUCCAAGGCGAAACAGGAAGUUGAAGCGGAUACGCAUCCGAUCUCCAACGAGGAAGAAGCCGAGGGGGGGAAAACAAUCACAAACCACUGGUGUUUGUUCUUUUUUUUUUGGGUUUUGUUUUCCUGCGCGUUUUCAGCACUAUUUUCUGCAUUAUCGCGUAGGUUCGGCAAAAAAGGACACCAUGCCCGUUAUUUGUGCGGCAAUAGGGUGCAACAAUAAAUUUGUAAAAGGGUCGGAAAUACGAUUUUACAGGUUCCCACUCAGCAAGCCUCAACUUGCCAGCAAAUGGGUGCACAGCCUGGGGAUGAAAAACUUCAUCCCAACUGCCAACACCUGCCUCUGCUCGGAGCACUUCAGGACCGACUGCUUCAGGGACUACAAUGGCAAACAGUUUCUGAGGGAGGACGCAGUGCCCACCAUUUUCAGCCAAGGGCAGGAUUCAUCAAAGAUUGAACUUCGUAAAAGAGGAGUGAUGCCAAAGGAGGCAAACAUCCCAAAUCAAAUGGGAACACAGGCGGACAGAGACAGAGCGAGAGAAGUCGCCAGUCUACGCAGAGACAAAAGAGGAGGACUGAGGGGUGGACGAGGCUCCCGUGGAGGAAAACAGCUGUGUGACAGGCAGACAGUGGGAGCCAAAAGCAGAGUGUACGACAGCAAAGGUCGCCUGCUCUCCAACGGCAACGACAUGUGCGACUGUCUGGAUGUCGAUUGUAUGGGCUGCUUCUAUCCCUGCCCCGAGUGUUGCUCACGCAAGUGUGGGGUCGAGUGCCGCUGCGACAGGAAGUGGCUGUACGAGCAGGUGGAGGUGGAAGGUGGCGAGAUCAUCCGGAACAAGUUUGCUAUUUAGUUAGCGGGGACUCUUAGGCUUUGAAUGCUCAAGGAUGGAACCAGGGGGCUUCUGGUAAUCGAGCUCUCUCCCUGAAUUCAGCUCCAAGUCAGGCGGGUGGACCAUUCAAGACUGUGAUGGUGGUUAAAGGAAUCUUCCACAAAUAUUAACUCAUACCAGGUUUUGCAAAGCUACUGCCCGUGGUAGAAAAGUAUGCAGGACAAUGCGCUGUAAGUAUUCUCCUGAACGUUUGAUGUGCAUAUUGUUGGUCCUGUUUUCUUUAAACUCUUUUCUGCUGUGUUUUCCAGUAAAAAACUGUUUUUUUUGU